UUUGUUCAAGUUCUUACAGCGCAGGGAAGUCACACCGUUGUACAUUCCUGUCUGUCGCUCCGGGGAUUUACAUCUCUCCCAAUGGAUCUCUAUAACUUUAGGCUGCCUUUGCUAUUUUUGGCCGCUUUUGGAUGCUGUUGUGAUGGCAGCCCCCUACUGGAAGAGGAAACGCACGGGGUUAUUGGUAAAAACGUGUCGUUUAAAACCACAAUUACCUCGUCGACGGAUUUUGUUACCAUAACGUGGUCUUUCGACGGGGACGUACCGAUCCUCACGCACAUCCCUUCAAAAAACAAAGUAAACAUCGUCGAAGGAUACAAAAACAGGGUCACCUAUAAUGAAACAACGUGUGCGCUCGAGCUCAGAGAUCUUGUGAAGGAGGACAGUGGGGAAUAUGGUCUCACUAUAGUCACCGGCGAGAUAAAACAACUAACAGGAAAGGUCAAACUCGAGGUGCUGGAGCCCAUAACAGAUGUCAUGAUUUCGUCCAAUCUUCCUGAAGCUGUCGAGAUCAACAGCACUGUGGUUCUCACCUGCACUGCCAAAGGCUCCUUCACUUACAAAUGGAUAAACGGUUCGGUCCCCGUGGUGGCGGACGGCACGCAUAUUAAACUCAUUGCAAAUGAGCUGACGGUUAGCGAAGUACAGCGGACAGAUCUGCGUGGACCUAUCUACUGCAUUGCUGAAAAUGCAUUAGAGUCUGGGAAAAGUCCUGCCUUCAGUCUGACUGUCAGCUAUGGUCCUGAAAACAUUGUGAUGACCCAAACUCCAGUCGCAUCUUUCCUGAAGCAAGGCUCCAACGUAACGUUCACGUGUUCGGCUAAAUCUGACCCUCCUGCGCAGCUUCAGUGGAUGUUUAAUGGGGAGGAGGUCUCCCAGCAGGCCAACCUGACCAUCACCAAUUUAGAGGAAAAAGACAGUGGCAACUACACCUGUGUGGCUUCCAAUGCCAAGACCAAACGCAACAUUGCCUCGCAGGUCUCUACAGUAUCUGUUGUGGAGCCCUUACUUGGAACAAACAUCUCCAGUCCCUCCGCACCUCUCAUUGCUGGUAUCAGUCCGGUCAACCUCACCUGCACGGUGGCCGCCGGCAAAGCUGACAGUGUGGAAUGGUUGAAAGACGGCAAACCUUUGACAACCAACCCGCAAGUCACUCUCUCAUCAGACAAGAGAACUUUAACCUUUGUUAAGGUUGUUAAGGAAGAUGCUGGCGUGUACAAGUGCCAAAUGAAGAACAAAGUGAACACGGACGAGGCCAGCUAUACGAUGGUGAUCAACUAUGGUCCAGCGAACGUGAAGGUGACUGGAAAGAAUGCUGUGAAGUUCGAGGAGCCCAUCGAGAUGUCCUGCUUAGGCGAAUCCGUUCCUCCCAGCACUCACGUGUGGAAGCUCAACGAUUCAACCAUUGUGAACGCCACUGGGGUAAAGUACAGCAUCGAAAAGGCCAGUCUGAAGGACGCCGGCACGUACACCUGUGAGGCCCGCAACCCCCUCACCGGAGUGACCUCCAACACCACGCACAAACUCGCAGUGACAGAGCUCGGUACAGUAGAUAAUGGGCUGUCGGGCGGCGCCAUCGCUGGAAUUGUGAUUGGUGUCCUGGUGGCUGUGAUCAUCAUCGCUUGUUGUAUUUGUCGCAGGAAGAAAACAACAGAUGUUCCAUCGCCAUAUUAAUGCAACAUCUGAUGGCGUGAUGCGAUCUGAAUCUUCAAGACCAGCCCUUCAGCCACCUAUCAGUCUUUCAUCUGCAGAAACCCUCGACCAAGGCAACUGGAAAAACUGCUCUUACAACACCCGCAGGGUUGCCCUGUGGCAAAUCCAAAGAUGCAUGUUAAAAUCUGAACUUUUUUGUAAAUAUCCCUCACCUUUGUUAUACCCUUAUACGCCAUUACCUUGUGACAACUUACCCCAGUCUGAGCUGAAGGGGGGUAAGCACAGAAACUGUUUACCUCACUGCAUUAUUCUCAACCUUAUCUGCAUUUUGACCUCCUCGCUUCCUUCCUUCUCCUGGCUGAAGUGGACACCUUCCUUUGUUCUUAACGAAACGUGAUCCAACCUCUCAGUCCUCCAGCCGACCCUAAAACGAUGGAUUGUCCUGGCCUGACAUCACAGAGGUCAGCCGCAAAGACCUCGAAUCCACUCUGAAAUGCACUGAGGAGUGACGAGGCCGCUUUGUCACGUGUUCGAGAUCUCAACGCACCCGACAGGCAACAUCCAGAUUUGAUGACCUAACGUGCUCGGAAGUCCCCCGGGCAGUGAAGGUACGCGAGGCCGACAAACUCGAAGCCGAAGACGCCUCCGAGUCGUUGACAGAAGGUCAUUGGAAAAUAUUGCGUGCCUUGAUGCUCAAACGCAUGAUUCAAGCUUCUCGACACCUUUGGCAGGUGUACAGUCGCCAUCCUUUUAAAUCCUCUAAAUCACAUCAUUUAUUUCUCGUAUCUCAGAGAAAUCCAUUCGGUCGAAUUCUGAGAGCGCGGCACGUUCCAACAUGCUCAAACUGAGGAGCAGGAAGAGAAACGCAUUUCUGCGGACAUUGACAUACCACAGUUGUGCGACAAAAUUGCUACUCUGUCCUCGGGCGUCUCCGCAAGGAUUCAGUCUGCUGGUAGCGGGAUUCCAAUGGAUUCACAUAUUAAAUCAGGCCUGUUUUAAAAGUCACUUUGACUCGAGCUGUCACACAAAAAUGUCUGAAAUCUUUAACGGGACACACGCAGUGUUUUUGGUAAUACUUGUAUUUUGUGUGCCAGUAUGUGAGAAAUGUUGUUUUCCUUUUUUUAAUGUUUAGUUUUCCACUGUGUAUCUCAUCAACAUCAUAUGUGAAUACACAAGGCCAUUGAUUUGAAGUUUAUUUACAAGUUACUGUGGCUAAUAAAAUGACAAAUUUUCAUGUGACUGGUUGCUUUGGCAAGUGACUGAAUGAACGAUAUAUAAAAUACUGGCGAAUAUUCUGUCACCCGAAUAACAACCGUGAGCAUUCCUCCCAAAAAAACACACUAACACACAUCUAUUAUAUACAUUUGUUUUUCUUUUUUUCAUUAAAAGGCACAAAACGCUGAGCUUUAUAACUCCUCGCAAACCUAUAGACAGUUUUAUCUCCGUCAGCGGUCUGUGCCGUUUGCAUGGAGAGACGGGUAAUCAUACGAGUCUGAGUAAGAUACACUGAAUUAGUGGUUAGUUUGUUCUGGCCACAUUGCUCAGACUGACGUCCUUGGGUUGGCCAUACUGAACCUGAUCAUUUUACAGAGAUUAAAUGGGAACAUCUUAUCCUCGCAUACUUCGUAACAACUUUGUAUUAAAUGUGAAAUAUGUUUAUUUCACAUUUAAGCUAGAUAGAAUUUGACAUGCGAUUGGUUCAUGCGAAAUUUGAAAUUUUUGCAGUGAUAAAGGAUCAUGCAAUGGACACGUGUGCUUCAAAUUUCCGUUCCAAACAGCAUCCGUCAUUUGUGAAAUGUUCUCAGGUUGUGUACAGGUUGUUUAUAUUCUCUCACAAUAAGCCGUGUUAUGUAAUCUCAAUGUUGCUUUUCAUGUAAUUUAUUUUUUGCCUUCAUGUUAUAUGUUUUUGACUCUAUGUUUUGAAAAGAAUGUUUAAACCACCCCAAUUUUUUGUUUUUCAUUGAGUUCAUUGAGCAGACUGGACGGUGACCACCACGCCGUGUCUUGGGUCAGCUGUCACACAGCUAUCGCGCACAGAAAAUGUGUUGUUUUUUUUAACAUUCUUUUUCAUGUCCGGUGUGCAAACCCCUUUAGUGAUAUUUUCUAUUGUGAUUGGAUUAUUGUCAUUGUGUUUUUUAUUUUGUGUAAAAAUUAAAUGAAAACAACAUACUCGCA